GUGGGCGGUGUCGCAUCAAUGAUGACGUAGCAGGAGCCGCCAAAAUCAAAACCCCGCAACUUGUAGCGACUAUUUCCACAUUAUCAAACACGAUAUAAUAAAACAAGUUUGUAAAACAUGGAGGGAGCGUCUACGAGAGGUGUGUUAAGUCACCUGAGUCUGCUGGAGGUUCAGGCACGGAGCCGUAAGACUCAGCCUCAGCAGCGGAGUCGUGUGAAGGAGCUGAAGGCUGAAGCUGAGGCGCUGAUGAUCCAGAGAGACAAGCUGAAGGCAGAGAUACAGACACACGAGAGACUUCAGAAACUGAGGAUGUCUAUGGACAAACAGUGUCCACGUGAACAAGAGGAGGAGGAGGAAAUGGAUGAAGACUCAGAGGACUCACAACUACUGCGGCUGAUGGCCAGACACACACAUCUGAAAGAUCUUCUACACGCUCAUCACCUCAUUGGUGGGUACGACAUCAUUAAAACUCAUCAAGGUAAAGGAGUGUGUGUGUCCGUAGCGACGUCCUACGAGGGCGUCUGCUUAGACACCUACAAUCUGGAGAUCGACCUGAAGCCAAAGCUGAGGAUCAGUCGUCACAACGUCCCCCCGUUCAUCCCCCUGAACAGCCUCGCCGAGCAGAGCAACAUGCAGACAAACAUCAGGGCUUUUCUGGACACCCUCAGCCGCCAUCUCAACGCCUUUGCUGGUCGCAAGCAGCAGCUGAAGCUUCUGAAGGAGCAACAUAAGUCCGUCGAAGUGAUGGAGAGUAACGUCUUGUGUUCGAUACUGGUGCUGAUGUUGACUGUGCCGAGAGAGAAGACGGCUGUUCUCUGCACGUUGGACUACACUGACCACACCAGAUGCCUUCCCACGAGAGUCCACUUUGACUGUGAAGACAAGGAGCUUCCUGAUUCUCCAGAGUGGAAGAAAAACUGCCACCUUCUCAUGGAGACUCCAGUGCACACAGCUUUGUUAACCAUGAAAAAGAUGGGGAAUAUUGUUUAAUCUAAAAUAUUGAAGCUCUGUUUUUACAUUUAAUGAAACAAUAUGUACAUACUUCAUUCUCAUUGUUUAUAAUAAAACAUUUUUGUUCUUGGUGUAGCGAA